AUGGAACUAGAAGAAUGUGUUCUGAUUACAAACAACACAUUGAUACAGCUUUCCAUUCAUUGCCCUAAACUGCAAGUAUUGAGCUUGUCAUACUAGCUGAUCAUAGAUGAUGGUAUUCUGCAUCUGAGCAACAGCACAUGUGGACAUGAAAGACUCCAGGUACUGGAGCUGGACAGCUGUCUUCUAAUCACAGAUGUGACUCUAGAGCAUCUUGAGAACUGCCAUAACUUAGACAGAAUUGAGUUAUAUGACUGUCAGCAAGUCACCCGUGCAGGCAUCAGAAGACUUCGUGCUUACCUACCUGAUGUGAAAGUUCAUGCUUACUUUGCUCCAGUAACCCCAACUUCUGCAGGAGGCAGUUGACCGCAACUCUGCCGCUGCUGCAUUAUCCUUUAAGCGGUGAACAGCACACUGAGGAUGCUUGAUCAGAAAAAGAAUGA